AUGGGGAAGAAGAAGGUGGCCCUGUGUUCCCUCAGCCAGGUGUUCCCUCAGCCAGGUGUUCCCUCAGCCCUGUGUUCCCUCAGCAUGUGUUACCUCAGUAGCGUUCCUUCAGCCCUGUGUUCCCUCACCUUGUGUUCCCUCAGCACUGUGUUCCCUCAGCCCGGUGUUCCCUCAGCACUGUGUUCCCUCAACACUGUGUUCCCUCAGCCCUGUGUUCUUUCAGCCCUGUGUUCCCUAAUGUUCCCUCAGCCCUGUGUUCCCUCAGCCCUGUGUUCACCCAUCACUGUGUUCCCCCAGCCCUGUGUUCCCCCAGCCCUGUGUUCCCCCAGCCCUGGGUUCACCCAGCACUGUGUUCCCCCAGCUCUGUGUUCCCCCAGCCCUGUGUUCCAUCAGUCCUAUGUUCCCUCAGCACUCCCUGUGUUCACCCAUCACUGUGUUCCCCCAGCCCUGUGUUCACCCAUCACUGUGUUCCCCCAGCCCUGCGUUCACCCAGCCCUGUGUUCCAUCAGUCCUAUGUUCCCUCAGCACUCCCUGUGUUCCCUCAACACUGUGUUCCCCAGCACUUGUUUCCCUCAACAGUGUUCCCUCAAUGCUGUGUUCCCUCAGCCCUGUGUUCCCCCAGCACUGUGUUCCCUCAGCACUAUCUGA